CAUGGAUACAAUAUGACAUGCCUUCGGCCGUCUUCUUCCCUAGUUCGGAGCCCUCUCGUGUAUUGGAAUGGCCAACCGACUUGGGCCUAAUGUUGUUAUGGUGGCGUGGGUUCUCGAAUCGUGACCGUCGCAAAUGCCAAACUUCGGUGCCAUUUGUGGACCUUCUUCUGCCCACGAACCGCCAUGCACGGGGAUACAGUAAAGCUCCACUUUCACUUAAGACCGCAAACACCGUAAAGACCGUCGCAGGCAGGUGCCCGAUGAGCAUGUGCAACGAACAAGGUCAACUGCCAUAUAUAUCUACCUGCCGUUUCAUCACUGUGUGUUGGAUAUUUCCCCUCAAAUUGAACUUCUUUGUCUUUAACUUGACUUUCACUACCCCUGAAUCUCCUCGCAGUAUGAAGCCGUACUCAAAACGUUUCUCGGUCGAUGAAAUCCCAGAUCUCUCGGGAAAAGUCGUUAUAAUCACCGGAGGUGCAUCAGGAAUAGGGAAGGAAGCCGCCCUCCAAUUGUUUCAACACAAUGCCAAAGUCUACAUCGCAUCGCGAUCUAAGACCAAAUUUGAUGAACUUGUAAAAGAAGCCCAGGACAUUUUGGAUGAUGGAGGUGGCUCUAAGGUUUCGCUCAACCUCCAGUUCCUACAACUUGAUUUGUCGGAUAUGAAGAGCUGCGUUAUAGCAGCGAAGCAGUUUCUAGGGAUGGAGAAGAGGCUUGAUGUGCUCGUUGCUAACGCGGGACUUGCUGUUGUGCCAUGCACGCUUUCGAAAGAUGGGAUUGAGAUACAAUUUGCGACAAACGUAAGCCCAGUGACUAUGUAUUCGUUGUGGGCAUCUCUGAACAUCUUCAUACUAGCAUCUAGGUCAUUUUGUCUUCAUCUAUAAUCUUCUGGAUAUUAUUAAAAAGACAUCAAUUCGAUUUGGGCAAGCCAGGAUCGUGGUGGUAUCCUCGCAUGCACACGCUAUGUAUAAGCCUUCAUCGUCUGAUAUUAUCGAUUUCAAAGAUUUGAAAGUAGAAGGGGUUAAGGAGCUCAAAAGCUUUGGGGAUGUUCAAAGCAGUUUGCAGAGAUACGCGCGUUCUAAACUCGCAAACAUACUCUAUACACGUUCCCUGGCCACCCAUCUUCGGGAGUUAGGCUAUUCCAAUAUAUUUGUGAAUUGUUUAAACCCAGGUAUUACAUCUUUUCAGCCUCAUAACUUUCUUCCUUGUCUUCAAGUCUGAAAACGAUCAAUCUGACUCUCCUACAACGCGACAGGAACGGUUGGCACAGCUCCCUCCACCGACUCAGCCUCCCUCCCUCCAUGGCUUUCGUUCGUAACUUCAUCUAUCGUUCGAAUGACUAGCAUUCCUCCGCUUACCGGCGCGCUUACAACUCUCGUUCUCGCUACAGACCUCGAUAUCGCUUCUAAAAAUUUAAGUGGCAGGUACUUCGAUGUAGGUCCACUGGCUGGAAAGUUCUGGUAUGGAUAUAGCUGGGAUGCUACGGAGUCUAAGCUUUCUGAAGCAGCGAAGAAUGAAGAAUUGGCUGAACGACUCUGGGCUUGGAGCAUGGAGAUGAUUACAAGUGAAGAAAGGGGGGGGCUGUAGCGGGCGUGACCAAAUAGUCAUGAUAGAUUUGAACCCAAU